AUGAGCUCCUUGUUUCUUCCGAAUCCCUGUCUGCUUGGAAUCCUGCUGUCUAUUUCGACACACGACGGUAACCAACUAGUGUUCCAUUAUCCGCCCCAGCCCAAUGAGUACGGAUACCGCCCGACGCCGCUCGGUAACCAAGUGCUAAACACAGAAGACGAUGACUAUUCCAGCUCGUCAAAUGACGAAAUAGACGACGAACUGCUGGACAUCAAUAUGUGCAGCAGCCAAAACGGCGACGACGAUUACAGCCUUUCUGCUGGAGGCAGCAGUCGUGGCAGUAUGGGAGCAGAGAGCAACGGCAGUGGUGUCAACAUGCUGGGCUCCUCCACGAAUUCUGGGGGCAAGGGCUUGCUGGGUAUAUUGGACGAACAGGACCGCAAACGAAAGGAUAGGGAGCACAAGCGUCGUAAUUUGAUGAAAAACAUCAUCAUGGGGGAACAAGUUGGCCAAACGGACACGUCAGGCAGCAUCAGAAGCCCAAGCACGUCUCUUGUGAAUGGGAGCGUUUCUGACCAGGAGGCGGCUGUUUGCAAAGUCGAUAAGCUAUUUGGGUUUGAUGUCGACUUUGUUAGUGAGCUCGUGACGCCGCCCAAACAGCUCUGCAACUCGCGCUUCGAGGUGUCUGUGGAGGAUAUGGCUUUUUUGGGGCUUCCAAUUCAUGUUGACGAAGACGGAAAUUGGAGAGUUUCCAACCAUACAAAAUCGCGUAGGAAAAAAACGAGUCGCAAGAAGAAGGUGUCAUCGAGCUCGGAGUCGUCUGGAGAGGACGACGACGGGCCCGACCAUGGAGAGAAAGUAAGGAAAAAUGAUUGUUUGAUGUAUAUGUUCCACCUGGUGUUUGUCAUGAACCCGCCAGUCAUCGAGUACAAUCACCGGAUUGACGAGAUGUUCCACUACAUUGUGAGUCGGAUGGCGCUCUUACUGAGAUACGAGCAGCAAAAAUCCAAUUACGUGUGGAACCAGUCGAAACUGAUCCUCGAUCUCAGGGAGGAGUUUUCUACCUUACCUCUGAACGAGCAGUGGAAGAAAAUUACGGAAAAAUCAUCCCUGGCACGGAUGAUGGCACAGACGUUUAAGGCAAUCUCAAAUUCGGAAAUCAUCAACAUCGAGAUUAACAACAAAAUGCGGUCAUUCCAGAUCCCCAUUCGCACAGAAUUCAGCUCUUUGCCGCCGCGCCAUACACAGCUUUUGCCUGGAUCAACUCUGUCGUCCACCUCGCCCUUUAAUACUCUGGGACUCGAUUUGCACAGCAGUGCGCAAACCAAUGACGAUGACAUGAUCCACUAUGCCUUAAUCAUGCUUGAUGAUCCAGAAUCGGUCAUUAGAGACAUUCAAGCCGAAAAACACUCUUUAAUCGCCAAUUUUAUUCGCAUGAUAAAACCAAGCGAAAGCUUGUCCAGAUUGGCAACCCUCAGCGGUCUGGAUAUCGCAGAGGUCAAGCUGUUCGCCAACCACUUGGUGUAUUGGAGAAGGGCCAAGGCCUUCUUGCCAUUGAGUCCCAGAAACAUCUACAUUGUAUCCCCACUGGCGCCGUUGUCGAACGUUUACACAGACUCAAACCUGUUUAAGCAGCAUUUUCCAAAUCUGCCGCCAUUGGCCAACUUUCUGUCGCUGAUCUCCUCGUCGUCCUCAAAACCAAGACCAAUCAACGCGAUCAUUCCAAGUAAGGAUCACAGAGACCUGUACUUAGAUGCCAUUGCUUGGCUGCUGAGGCAUGGUUACAUCACCCAGCUGCAGACGUUCCUCUAUCUGCGAAUCACCAAAGAGGUGAAAAUAAAGGUUGAAGAGGAGCUGGAGAUGGAAAGGAAAACCAAAAAGAACAGGCACGACGGCGACUAUCCAUCUGCUGAAGAUGAAGACGACAGCAAGAAGCCUUCAACAGAUAAUACCACCAAAAAGAGAGAGCAGUCGUCGUUGCCGUACUCUCUCUCGAGGUCAGCGGGCUCUGAUCUCAAUCUUGAGUCUCAGUCGAAACUGCCAGGAACUGUGUACUUUGAGGAAGAAGAAGAGGAAGACACUAUUCUCCUUGACCCGCAGAGUGCCACUGCUCAAGAACGUCGCUGGAUAGCCAAGUGCGUGGAGGGCCAGCCGCUAGAGGUCCUCAAUCUGUUCUACAAGCUGCUGAAGUACAUGAACGGAAAGACGUCAUUGGAGCUGCUGAUGGUGAAGGAGAACAUAAGUCGUCAGGAUGUGCGUAAACUUCUGGUGGCUCUAGACAAGCAUGUCACAACAGUAAGACAUUGGUGA